AUGAAGGCUGGAGCACCAGGAUGGGGGGGACCCCCCGACCCCCCGAGCUGUGGGGUGGUCUCUGGCCAGCCCGUGCUGCUCCUGGCCGUGCUGGGGCUCCUCAGCAUUCCUGGGGCUCGUGGUGACUGCGGGCCCCCUCCUGCCAUGACCUAUUCCAGGCCCUCCAGCAGCUCCAGCAGCUUCCCGGUGGGAUCCAGGGUCACGUUCACCUGCUCGGAGGGAGCCCGCAGGAUCCCGGAGCUGCCGGACACCGUGGAGUGCCUGCCCGGCCACAUCUGGUCCAGGCUGGCCGAGCCCUGCGGCCGGAGCUGCGCUGCCCCAACCAGGCUGAGGUUUGCUGCCCUGUCCAAGGAGGAUGAGAGGAGGAAUUUCUUCCCUGUUGGCACCAACGUGAGCUAUGUCUGCCGGCCCGGCUACGAGAACUCCUCGGAGAGCUCCCCCUCCAGCACCUGCCUGGAGACCCUGACGUGGUCUCAGCCUGCUGAGCUGUGCACCAGGAGGUCCUGUGGCACCCCGGGGGCGCUGCCCGGGGGGAGGACGGGGCCCCUCCGGGACCUGCAGCUGGGAGCACGAGUGGAAGUGUCCUGUGAGGAUGGGUACAAACUAGUCGGGAAUAAUUUCAUCUGGUGCCAGCUGAAAGGAAACGACGUCGAAUGGAGCAAACUUCCCACUUGUGAAUUAAUUACCUGCUCUCCACCUCCUCCAAUCAGCCACGGGAGACACGAUGGGGAAGGCAUGGAGAUUUUUGCUUUGAACUCCACGGUGACCUACAGCUGUGAGCCCAACUUCCAGCUGGAGGGGAAUGGGAGCAUCCGGUGUGGGAGCAGGGACAAAAGCAGCGGGGUCUGGAGUGGAGCCAUGCCCCAGUGCAAAGAGAAAAGCUCAGCUGUCAGCCUUGGAGCAAAGGGCACGGAGGGGAGAGCUCCUCCCAAAAGUCCCCAGGCAAAGGGAGCCCAGCCCUCUGAGAAGGGUCUCGCGUGGGAGAGGAAGCUCAGCCUCUACAAAAAGUCUCUCCAAAACAGCAUCUCCCCCUCCCAACCCUCUUUCUUCAGGAAACCAGGUCAGUCCUGGAGGGACAACGGCAUUGUGAGCACCUCCUGGUCACUCCCAUCCCUAAAAGCUGGAGUUUUCAUUUUUUUCUCCCAUAUUUCUCUUCAGUGAGCAGGAACUGGGCUGCCUCUGAGUUCAGAUUUGUUCUACCUUUGUACAAAUCCCCAAAAUCUUAUUCUGGGUCCAGCAAAGGAUUCAUGUGUCCUCCGAAGUA